CGGGAGCUAGCAACGCCCGCGUCGCGCAGCAUGCCCUGGGGGGUUGGCUUCGCCUCAUCCAGGUCGUGCGUGGUGGACCUAAGCAGGAAUCAGAGCCUUUGGUGCGCGGGGUCCGACGAUCACUUUUCCCUUUAUGGGGAAAUCAUUGCUUUCCCACUGCAGGAUUACGGCGGGAUCAUGACAGGGCUGGGAUCUGAUUCGUGGUGGAAGAAAACCCUUUAUUUGACUGGGGGGGCCCUGCUCGCCGCUGCCGCCUAUCUCUUCCACGAACUCCUGGCUAUUAGGAAAGAACAAGAAGUCGAUUCAAAAGAUGCCAUCAUCCUACAUCAGUUCUCAAGGCCAAAUAAUGGCAUUCCCAGUUUAUCUCCUUUCUGCUUGAAAAUGGAGACUUACUUGAGGAUGGCUGAUUUGCCUUACCAGAACUACUUUGAUGGAAAGCUUUCUCCCCAAGGGAAAAUGCCAUGGAUCGAAUACAAUCGCAAAAAGGUAUCCGGCACAGAGUUCAUUAUUGAUUUUUUGGAAGAGAAGCUUGGAGUGAAUUUAAACAAACACCUUGGCCCACAUGAGAGAGCUGUUUCUAGAGCAGUAACAAAAAUGGUGGAGGAGCACUUCUACUGGACCUUAGCCUAUUGCCAAUGGGUGGACAAUCUCCAUGAGACCCAGAAGAUGCUUUCCCUUGGUGGGCCUUUUAGUGACCUACUGAAGUCGAUUCUGUGCCACAUCACCAAAGGAAUUGUGAAGCGGGAAAUGUACGGACAUGGCAUUGGCCGCUUCUCUGAAGAAGAAAUAUACAAGCUGAUGGAGAAAGAUAUGCGCUCGUUGGCCAGUCUUCUGGGUGAUAAAAAGUAUAUAAUGGGACCCAGGCUUUCCACUUUAGAUGCUACGGUGUUUGGUCAUCUGGCUCAGGCAAUGUGGACGUUGCCAGGAACUAGACCUGAGCGCCUCAUUAAAGGAGAAUUGAUUAACCUCGCUAUGUACUGUGAGAGAAUAAGGAGGAAAUUCUGGCCCGAGUGGCACUACGAUGAAGACAACACGUUGUAUGAAUCGGAAGAAAGCAGCGAAGCGAGUAAAAGUCACCCACUGCAGGACUUCAGUUUUUAUUCAAGGACAGAAACAUUUGAUGAUGAAGGACCUGAAAACAGCUUUUCCCAAACACCUGACACCGAUUACACAGGGCACUCCCUCUUUGAUUCUGACGUGGAUAUGGAUGACAGCACAGAUCAUGAACCAUGCAAGUGAUAUGUCUGAAACAGACCACUCCAUUUUGUGUCAGAAGCAUCCAUCCGUCUUGGGACUCAGGCCAACUGGCUCAGGUUUCAAAGAGCCCCUUGUCGGUCGGGAAGAGACCAUUAUGCGUAACGCUAUCUUCAUAUGUCCUUUGGACCCCUUUCACCUUUUUCUCAUCUUAGAAAAGAGUUCCAAUGGAUCCUAGGCCAGCCGGUUUUAAUAACUGUCACUAUGAAAUUGAAAAGAUGACAAGGAAGGUAAUGGGGGUGGGAAGGAGGAUUGGCGUUAAAACAUAAGUAUGCAGACCUUCCCAGGAUGAUGUAGAGAAGCCAAGAAGUGAAGAAAAUCUCAUUUUGGUGUUCUAACCUUCUCCUCGGUGGACUUCCUGUCCUCAGGGCACGAUGCAGUGAAAUCAGUACAAUGAGGAACGGUAACAUCUUUCCACUUUGGGUGUGCCAGGUGACCCCUUGCACAGGUGGUAACACAGGUCCCCCAAAGAAGUGGUCUCGAAGAAAUGUUCACAAAAGUUUUAAAAAUGACCGUUUUGUUUUUGCAUUGAAGCCAAUCAUGUAUUGCUCCUCUCUGUUGAAUUGUAUUUUUAUUUAAUUUGUUUUGAUAGCCUUACAUUUUCAAAGGAGAAAAUGCAUCCUCCUCGGUUUGUUCCUUUGUGUCAAUUCUGCUGCCAUAAUUAUUCAGACUAGAAUAUAAUAAUUAUACCAAAAGAUUGCAAGAUCAAUCAUAGCAAGUGAUGAGGGUGGAGAAUUGGUUGGGCGUAUUGAAGCAGACUUGAUUCUCGUUGGCCCCCAGAAAGCAGAAGCAGACAGCCUUUACCCAAGAGCAGUUAUCAACUUUUACUUUCUCUCAUUCAAAUUGUAUGUAUUGCAUACAUUUAUUUCUGCCUUGGAUUAAUGCCCUGCCUUUCCACUUACACAAGGAGCCUCUUACUUAGUAAAAUCUUGCAAUAGACUUGAAUCUUUCCACUGAUAGCAUUCCAGUCCAUCACGCAACACCUGUUGAUUAUAAUCAUAGCAAGAUUUUUGAUCAGGGCCAAUCACCUGGACAAUCAGGCUUGGCUAGAUGCAUAUUGUAAACAUCUACUAUGUAUUUUGGGAUGUAGUAUAACAAUUGCAUAUGUAAAAUACAGGUAGUUCUCGACUUACAACAGUUCCUUUCGUGACCCUUCAAAAUUACGACGUUGAAAAAAGUGGCUUGUGACCAAUUUUUUCACACUUGCGUCUGUUGCAGCAUCAUGUGAUCAAAAUUCAGAUGUUUGGCACAACUGACUCAAAUUUAUGACAGUUGCAAGUGUCCCAGGGGUCAUGUGUCUAUCUUUUGCAACCUUCUAACAAGCAGAGUUAACGGGGAAGCCGGAUUCAAUUAGCAAGCAGUUGCAAUUGAUUCACUUAACAAAUGUGGCAAGAAAGGUCAUAAAACGGGGCGAAAUUCACUUAAUAAGUAGCUCACUUAGUAAGAGAAAUUUUGGGCUCAGUUGUGGUCGUUAAGUUGAGGACUACCUGCAUUUUGUUUUUAGUUCUUUGGUCCACUGUGUAAAGACGUUUCUAAAACAUUUGCAAAAUCCAUCAAUGUUACUAUAUAACUGUGCAGGGCUUAAUUUGGGGAAGAAGAAAUGCUGCAAGGAGCUGUAACUUCUGCUCCUCGGGUCUUUAUCUGAUAGGUGUGUUUACAGUUAUUUAAGGGGAACAGUAGAUACUUGUUUAAUUGUAGGAUUUAUUUAUUUAUUAUAUCUCUCAUUGCAAAGCACGUGGCUUUGUUUUGGAGAGACUGAUUUUGGAGUUUAUUUGAUUAUAUUGAUAUUGACAUCCACACUCUUAUUUUUUUGAACCCAAAACAGUUUUCAAGAGGCUUUGUUAUCUGUGAAGCUUUACUGUAAGAUUCCCGCCCCACCUCAUUUUUCCUAAAACGAGCUACUGCCUUUUCAUCAGACAUAGAUGCUGUCGCUUCCACGUAGUGGAUUUUGUUUGUCAUGGCCCCUGUGUACCUGUUGCAUGCGGUCCUGAGAUCAGUGCUUAUUUAUUUAUUUAUUUAUUAUCAACCUGUAUAACCCAUCCUGAUCCCAACAGAGUCGGGAUGGGGUGCAACAAAACCAAGAGCAAAAGAGAAAUGCAAAAAUAAAAGCUCAGUGUAAGCUGUUAAAAUAAUAUCAUUAAAAAACCAAUAGUAACCAUGCCCUUGACUAAUCUAAUCAAUGGGCUGAGUGCAUGCUGCAAUUAAGCUAUUUUAGCCGGUUUACUGAAUGCCAGCAGGUUUGAGGCCAUCCAUUCUUUGGGUGGAAGGAAGCUCCUGGUCUGAGCCCACGUACCUCUUGUGGGGGGGGGGAUCUACAUCAGACCCACUCCUGAUGAUUGGACUGCAGAGGCAGGUUCAGUUCUAAUAAAGCACGGUCUUCAAAAAUCCAGAGUUCAAAAGGGAAAAACUUUUCAGGUAACAGCAUUUUGAAGGGAGCUUGAAACCCUUCUAGCAACCUGUGUAGUGACUUCCCAUCAGGAGUCCAGCUGCUGCAUUUUAUACCAGUUGUAACUUCUGGAAUGUAGAGAAUGUAGAGUGUGUUUCUAUGGUUGAAGGACGGUUAUAAUCCUUCUACCACCGUGUGGUGACCAAGGCAUGGGUUACCGUUACCAGGCAUGUUCGCCCAAGUAGAGUCACAAUAGGUUCUCCAGAUGGAGAUGAGCAAAGACCACUUUGAUCACAGUUUACUAUUUGCUGUGUUAGCAGAAGGGAAGAGUCUAGGUCCGGGGUCUUCCAA